GCUGGCUUCCUAGAGAGCAGGGCUCCAUGGCGCAAAAUCAGUAUGGUCCCGGAGUCCGGAUGGGCAACUGGAACGAAGACGUUUGCUUGGAGGAGGAGCGCAUGAAAGAGUUCCUAAAGAAGAGGGAGAGGGGAGAACUUCUUAUUCAGAGAAACAGAAAACUGAAAAAGCAUCUUGUGAGACCGAUGGAGCUUUCAGUAUCCAAAGACGGAUAUAUUCACUUUGGCAAUAAGGUGAUGCUUUUGAAUCCUGACUCUGCCCAGGAGGAGGAAGCUGCUGUGUUUCAGAAAGGACACCUGUCCCUGUGCAUGAGCCCAGAUGAAGUUAAAUCCCAGCUUCAUGAUGAAUUAGAAAUACCCUGUGGCGUGAGUGCUGUUCAGUCCAUGGUCCCGACAGGCAGGAACACCUUCAUCAUUUUGAGUGAGAACAGAAGCGAUGAGGAAGAGGGCGAAGUCCUUCGAUACGGGCAAAACUUCCGCCUCGGCAUAGUAGCGGGACUGGAAAGCAAGAUGCUGUACUUAACAAGUGAACACAGGACCCUUCUGAAAUCUGCUAAGAAGUCCUGGCUCCAGGAGGUGACUCUGACAGAUGAGGUCUCCCAUAUGAACUGCUGGCAGGUUGUCUUCUUCGACCCCCAGCUACGCAUGGAAUAUGAAGGCUUCCCAGUCAUGGCAAAUGAAAAAGUUGUCAUCUACCACUGCCACACAAACCGAGCCCUGGUAGUCCACCGCCAUCUCUUUUUAAGGACUUAUUUUGGGAAGGAAGUUGAGGUUGCGGCUCAUACGUAUCUGGAUUCACACAGAGUUGAAAAACCCAAGAACCACUGGAUGCUCGUUACUGGGAAUCCCAGGGACAGGUCGACCACCAUGCUGGACCUCAAGAAACCUCCCUCAGAGGAUACCCUUGCCAUAGAGAAGGCCUUGGGCAUCUACACGUAGUGACACACAAGGCUUACGUGCGGCCUCUCAGGAGCUACUCUCAUCAACUGUAGGUCUUCGAAGAAAUGAUCACUCUCCUUGGCCGUGUCCCAAGCAGCUUUUCAGUAGGUACAGAACUCCAUGGACACAGCGUUAGAAGAAAUAACAUUACAUUUACUGAAUUAGUGAUGGGAGCCUACCUCUGGGGAGUAAAUGGUGUUUGAAAAAUGAACAGUAUUUGAAAGUAAAUCAGCUUUUGUUGACAUCCUAAUUGUGAAGAAGUCAGUGGCCCCUAUUCAGAGCCCCUUGCUUAGCAGGACCAUUGAGGUCUAUGCUCCUUUCCAAAGCUGUGUUUAUGAAAUAAAGAUGUCAGAAGUUUAUGGAUGUUUUGGCAUUGCUGUUUCUCCCCUAAUUUUCUUCUGUUUGAAACAAUGUGUAGUUCUGAGCUAUAGCUUUGUCUUGGAAUUAAAA